ACUUUAAAAAUUUUAAAUUUAAAUAAUUUAAAUGAAUUGGAAGACAAAGAUAUUAAAAAAUUAUUUAUUUUUAAUUUUUUAUAUAAAAAAGGAAUAAAAGAAAAUUUAAAAGAAAAAGAUAAAGUUAGAAUUGGAUUUCAAUAUAUUUUAAAAUAUAAAGAAUUUGAAUUUGUAAAAAAGAUUAUUAGAAAUUCAACAGCAAUAAAUAAAAAUAGUAAUAAUUCAAAUAAUAAUAAUAAUAAUAAUGAUUUUUUAUAUAAAUAUGGUAUUAGAUUAGCAUGUGAAAAUUUUGAAUUAUUUAAAUAUCUUUAUUAUAAUUUUAAAGAGAAUUUCCUUUGGAAUGAUAAAUUAGUUGGUGAAUUCAUUGCUAAUAGGGGUGAUUUAGAAUUUAUGAAAUUUAUUCAUCAAAAUGGUGUAGAUGGAGGGUUAAAUAAAUUAAUUGAUAAUAAUUUCAUUAUGGAGAAUGCUGUAACAAGUGAUAGUUUAGCAUUGGUUCAAUAUUUAACAGAGUUGAAUAUUUAUCCAAUUUCAUCAUUAGUACCAAUUCAAGCAUUGCGUCAUAAAAGAGAUGAAAUAUUCUUAUAUCUAUUAGACAAUAGAAAUGAUCCAAUAGAUAUUAAUUUAAAUGCAAUUCAUCAUAAUUUAGAAAUUGUAAAAAGAAUAAAAUCAAGAUUACAAUCAAAUCAAGAUAAAUUAAUUCGUUAUAAUUUUAAAGGUAUACCUCCAAAAAAUUUAAAUAACUUAAUUUCACAAUUAGAUUUAAUUUUAUUAAAACCAUAUUUA